CCUGCCGGCUGCGGGAGCCCGCGACCGGAAGAGGGAGCGCGCGCGAUGGAGCUGCGGCGUCUCUGGCUGCUCUGCUGCUGCUGCUGCUGCUGUCCCGGCGCCGCCGCGGCCCCGCCGAGCGGCCGCAACCCGCCCGCCGCCUUCCGGGAAAGUCUUAAUAGACAUCGAUACUUGAAUUCUGUAUUUCCUGGUGAAAACUCCACUGCCGUCUAUGGAAUAAAUCAGUUUUCUUAUUUGUUCCGUGAAGAGUUUAAAGCUAUUUAUUUACGAAGCAGACCUUCCAGUUUUCCCCGGUUUUUGGCGGACGCGCACACAUCCAUCUCCAACGUGUCUUUGCCAUUAAGAUUUGACUGGAGGGACAAGCACGUCGUCACCCCAGUGAGGAACCAGCAGACAUGCGGCGGAUGCUGGGCCUUCACCGUGGUAGGAGCAGUGGAGUCCGCGUGCGCCAUAAAAGGGCAGCCUCUGGAGGCACUGAGUGUCCAGCAGGUCAUAGACUGUUCAUACAGCAACUACGGCUGCAACGGAGGGUCCCCGCUCAACGCUUUGAACUGGCUCAAUAAGAUGCAAGUGAAGCUGGUGAGAGAUUCAGAAUACCCGUUUAAAGCCCAGAAUGGUCUGUGCCGUUACUUUUCUGACUCACAUUCUGGAUUUUCAAUCAAAGGUUAUUCUGCCUAUGACUUCCGUGACCAAGAAGACGAAAUGGCAAAAGCACUGCUUACCUUGGGCCCUCUGAUAGUGGUAGUAGAUGCCGUGAGCUGGCAAGAUUAUCUGGGAGGCAUCAUACAGCAUCAUUGCUCUAGCGGAGAAGCAAAUCACGCCGUUCUGGUAACCGGCUUUGAUAAAACAGGAAGUACCCCGUACUGGAUCGUGAGGAACUCCUGGGGAACUUCCUGGGGCAUAGACGGCUGUGUCCACGUAAAAAUGGGAGGAAACAUUUGUGGUAUUGCAGAAUCUGUUUCUGCUGUAUUCGUGUGAUAUGUUCGCCAGAUCAAGAGACAGAUACAAAACCGAAGGCUCGUGAUGAGAUGUGAUACUUCAUUCUUGGCAUUUUCAUCUUUAGGCUUUUGCAACUACCCACAAAAGACAGGCUCUAGGGCCUGGUCCUGCUGAAACUAUUGAUAAGUUGUAGAAUAUUCUCUUCUUAGAGAGAGAUGGACAAGGUCAGAAGGAAGAAAACCAGCACCAUGGCCUGGGAGGAAGUCUGUGGGACAGUUUCCUACUGGGAGGACGGUCAGAUUAGGAGGUAUUUUAGGUCUCUUCACUCUGAAAAGGCUAUUGUCUGGUUUGUUUGAUCAUUGUUUCUGUUUGCCGUUUCUUUAUUUUUAAUGACGUAUUUCCAAUCGGACUAAAGAGGUGAUAAGAAUCCCUUUUCCUUUAUGGGAUAAAAUCACCAGCCCAAGUGCCCUGCGUACAGGAAUAGCCAGCCUAGAACUAGGUGUGCCCCUCCCAGCUGCAUUCCCAGCCCUCCAGGAUGGAAUUUCGAAGGAAUGUUGAAGGGCCAGUUGCUCUUCCCCAGCACAUGGGCUGACCCGUGACCUGCGCAGAUCAUGUAGAAAGAAGCAAAGAGACAAAGUUACUUUUUAAGGCAGACAGUUAGCCUGAUUGAAACUAAAUGACCAAUAUGGCAACCAAGUGAUAGGAAAAUCUCAAGUAGCCUUGCCUGGAAGACAAAUUAUUCGGGGGUUUCACGGCCCGGAGAGUUCCAGUACGUUUUAUUUCCUCCUUUGUUCUUGCGGAUUGAGGAGCGGUGUGUCUUCUCACAUUUUCUCACUCUUCCCCUUACUCUUGGCCGUGAAACUUCUAAAUCCUCCUGGUGGUGCGGCUUCCCUGGCGAAAGAAGUCUCAUUGUUUACUUUCCGUUUCAGUUUAGGGCCAGUUAGUUGGCUCCAGUUGUCUCUAAGCCUUGAUCAGCAUCAGGACCUCACCUGUCUGUCCGCCCAUCAUUUGGACGCCCCACCUCUUUCAAAGUUCAACCUCAUUAAUCUGGGGUAUCAGCCAAAAUGUGUUUCCCAGCCUCUGUUGUCCCAGUUUUCUGCUUAUUUUUCCCAGACUCCAUCCUAACUACUUUUUCGUGCGUCCCUUUGGCUUUCCACGUGGUCCCUGGUCCUCGAGGUCCAACUCCUCUUUCGCAGGGUCAUUAGUCUUGGUCGUGUAAGAACCUCGGAGCAUGAAAGCUGCUCUUCUGAUUGAAUCGUAUUGUGUGAGUUAACUGAUAAAGUUGUAUCAAGUACUACGUAUGUAAGUAUCUCCUCUCUCAAAUUCUCGGUCGCGGUCCAGUGUAGACUAUCUUAAAAGCAUAAUUGUAGAGGUGGCAAUAACCACUGAAAAAAAUUGAGACAUCCCAUUUUUCCUCUCAUGGUUGGCCUUUAUUUAUCACUCUCCUUAUUAGAAGAAAAUCAAAAACAAGACACUAUUUCUUUUCCUUACACCAACAAGAAGCAAUUUCAAAAGAGUAUGUGUUGACUCAGGUUUAGAAAUGACAAGUUGAUAUUCUGUUUGACUAAUAUUCUAAAUACCCAGCUAUGCCACAAAGGACUUGUGUCUUGAUGGUUGCAGUUCGCGUUCAUGUACUAAUUCCUGUAACGUGUGAACGCUUUUCUGAUACUCUUUUACAAAGAUCAAUAUCCUUCUGAAUUACGAAGUGAUGAAUACCUCUCGGCUCUUCUGGAUUUUGAUAACAUUUUUAAUAAAACGACCUGUAUCUGACUUUG